AUGGCGAGCACUCUCCUUCCGCCGGUGCCCCGCACCUCGAGCACGUUGCCGCAGAAUUCGUCCACCUGCGCCCUCGUUAUCUCCACCACCUCGCUGGACGUUUACGCGGAGGUCAAGGAGAGCGCGGAGGAGAGUGGUGCCACAAGCAACCACGCGCCGCCGCCGACUUUAGACGAGCUGUGGGCCGGGCUGAACGACAACCAGGCCUUCCAAAGCUUCGAGCAGCUCAUUCUGCAGUUGAACCACCACAAGGAAGGUCCACACACCGAGACCCAGCCCUCGGGAUCAUUGGGCGGCUACGCGAUUACGCAGCAGCAGCGACCGCAGGAGGGCUACCGUAGUGCUGCGCCGACCCCCUACGGCUCAUCAGGCCAGGGCUACCAGCCGGCUGUACCCUCUGCAGAGGAGGGUCACGCGUGCUACGGCGCUGCCGGGUACAAGCUGUCUCUGGGCGGCAGCCACCCGCUGUCGGCGUAUGGCUCACACGGACCCGAAUUCGUGCUCCCGCUGCCCGUCGUGCCCAUGUGCCCGACCUUCGACGCUGGCCUCUAUUCAUCAUCUGCGGCCUACACGCUCCACCACGACGCCGACGCCGACUCCGACACCGACGCCAAGCCCAGGAAGGCGAAGGGCUACGCCAUGCCAACGACGACAACGACCACCACCACCACAACGACGAUCUGCGUGACUCUGCCGGCGGGCCACUGCGUCGCCGGCUACGCGCCUGAUCUCGGACGCGGACGCGGGCGGGGUCGUGGCUAUGGCGCCGCUUCCGCGUACACGCACGAGGCCACGCCGGCAGGCGGACGCGGGCGGGGUCGAGGCCGAGACUACGCGCCGGAUACGAGCGGCAGCGGUGGAGUUGCCGUCAACCAGCCCUACCAGCCGAACAGCAACGGCGGGGCCUCGUUCUGGCCGACAUCGCUGUUCAGCUUCUUCAGCUUUGGCGCGACCGCGACGAUGACGAGCGUAGAUCCGUCCUCGUUCUCUGACGACUUUGUCGGCGAUGAUGCGGGCGAGAGCAAUCCCUACGCCAACACCAGUGGCGUCGGCUACUCCGCGAUGCGAGCCGAGCGCAAGGAGAGCACCGGUGGGCCGUACUCGUCGUUGCACAGUUCCGGCUACGUCGGCUCCGACAUACAGCAAGGCGGCAUUGGGGCGGGCGUGCGUCCGCUGUUGGGCGACCUCGAACGCUACAGCGACGCUCCGGAAGAAGACGAAGACGACUACGAUGCCGGUGAGGGGUACAACGGCGGUUACGACCGGAGCGCAGCGACCGACACCGAUUCGUACUACGCGCACGAUGGCACGCCCUACGGCAGCCACGCGCAACACGACGAUGACGGCGAUGACGGCGAUGAGCCCGAAGAGAACUGGAGCGACGAUGAUGAGGACCACAUCGCCGCGGGGGGCUACCAGCGGGACAUGAACGGCGGCAGCGGCUAUGACAUCGGCUACGACGGCAGACACGAGGCUGCGGGCGACUCGGAAGAGGCCGGCGAGCCCUGUGGUCGCGAGGCCGGGGUGGUCCACCACGCUCACGACGUGGACUACUGCGAACAGCACCGUCCGCGGACCAGCGCCGACUGGGACGGCAUGGCCCGGGACUGGACGCAGGAGUUCCACCGCAUCGUGCGCGGCAUGGACGACACCAGUUCCACCCACGACGCCAAGAAGCGCAUGCACGUCGCCGAGCAACUGCAAGGGCUGUACACCGAGUUCGUGUCGGUGGCCAAGGCGAUCGGCGAAACGAUCAUCCGCGAGCGCAGCCUCCCCAACGCGCUGAAGACCAUCAAGCCCUCCGAUGACUUUGGCGGCAUUGCCGGCGGAGAGAAGUUCUGUGUGGCGGGCAUCUUUUUCAAGUUCGCCAUCGACAACAACAACAUCUACGAUGCCGCUCACCCCGCCCAAAACCAAUCGACGUAUCGAACAGGCAACGACGGUCUCGCCGCCAAGUGCGCCGGUCACGAGCUCAAGGCCGCAAGCGCCCUCUUCUCCUGCGGCAUGCUCGUCGGCCUGCACAGGUGA